UGAUCUGUAGUACCUGUAGUAUCGAAGAGUUAGAGUUUGCGAACGGUUGUCUUUGAGUUUUAUGUGUUUAAAGUUUAAGUUACGCAAGUGAUAUAGAAAAAAAAAAGGAUUUUUUUUGGUGAUUUAGGAAAAAAAAACAUUUCAUUUGGUUGCUGAAGGUAUUUAAGGACAAUAAUAUCGAAAACUGAUGGACUUUUGAGCUUAAAAAAAAUGUAUCAUCGAUUUUGCCUGUUGCUGAGUAUCCUAGUGCCAUUACUCACAUCAGGACAAUCUGCCAAUUUCGUACCAUGCUCAGAAAUAUCCCCAGAACUCAGAUUUCCAUGCAAAUGUGCUCUGGGUCCAGUCGAAAAGCAACUGGACGGUAAUCCCUCGUUAUCAGUUAAUUGUGACAACACUGUAUUCCCGUACGACGCUUUUGUCUUACCUUAUGGAGCACCGGUCACAAAUUUUAGUCAAAAAUGGGCCGGAUACCAAUCCCUACCCAAUCAGUUGUUUGCUUCAAGUUUACCUCUACGUAGCAUAGAUCUGUCAGGUAAUUCUUUACGGAAAUUGACAGAACGUAUGCUCCAAGCAGUUUCCACAUCUCUAACUGAACUAAAACUAGCGGAAAAUCUACUGGGCGAUACCCUAAAUCCUAUAUUUUCGACUAGCGAAUUUAGAGGGCUGAAAAACAUGCGAUUGCUAGACUUGCAAGGCAAUGGCAUCAAGGCUAUAGAGGAGGGCAUUUUUGAAGGCUGUGACAGUCUAGAGGAGCUGUAUCUAGAUAAAAAUGAGUUUAUAACUGUACCAAGUACAUCAUUGAAUGGUCCAAAAGCCCUAAAAGUGUUAUCCCUUAGUAACAAUAACAUAGAUAGUAUUAAACUAAAAUCAUUCACAUCCCAGUCGAGUUUAGAAAUGGUCGAUCUAAACAACAACUUAAUAUCCUCGAUAGAAAGCGGAGCGUUUUCAAAUUUGCAAAAAAUCCGAGUUCUAAGAUUGUCUCGCAACCGUUUGGCGAAAUUCAACAGCGAUAUAUUCUACGGAGCAGAAAACUUGGUUCGACUCGACUUGUCCGAAAAUUUCAUCAUAGAUUUUCCAACCAUAGCUUUGAAAGGAUUUGAUAAUUUGAGGCAGCUGAACUUGUCGUCCAAUCUGAUUCAAAAUUUGGAUAAUAAUAAUUUAGUGUACCUCUCCAAUUUAUACGAUUUGGACUUGAGCAGAAACAAUUUAGCCAACAUAGUCCCAGGAACGUUUCUCGGCUUGAAGCAACUGAAGAAACUGGACUUGAGCGUUAAUUCUCUAAGAACUGUUGAAGAUGAUGCUUUUGAAGGUCUGGACAACCUGGAACACUUAAAUCUCAAAGACAAUAACAUCCUGCUGAUACCUGCUUCAGCUUUAGGUAGACUACCUCGUCUAACAUCACUCCAAAUGGACUAUAAUAGAAUAGCAGCUCUCUCAGGCGACAUACUUCGUUCAGUAGCUGAUAAAGUGACUCAUUUAGUUAUAUCCACCAACGUAGUAAGAGAACUACCUGGAACCACGUUCCAGUACUUCAAAAACCUCAUCUCGCUUGAUCUCAGAAGAAAUUUGAUAGUGAAUUUGAACUCAGAUUCGUUUGUGGGCUUGGAAGAAACUUUACAAGGGCUGUAUUUGUCUCAAAACCGUAUCAUGUCACUGUCCGGAAAUACUUUAGCUUUGCGCAAACUCCAGAAGCUCGAUUUAAGCGAUAAUCAUCUCACUGAACUACCUGGUACUUCAUUUAACCUGCUGUAUUCGCUGAAGAACCUAAAUCUAAGUCAUAACAUCCAUUUGACGAAUAUUCACGAUAAUCUGUUACAUGAAUUAGUUAAAUUGGAAGUCCUGGAUGUAAGCUACUGCGGAUUGAAAGCUAUCUCUUCAGAACUCUUCCUGAAAUCGAAUUCCUUGAAAGAAGUGUACUUAAACCAUAACUCCCUAUCAGAAAUCGUCGAUAACUUAUUUGUUAACAUGCCAAACUUAACUGUCAUCGACUUGUCCUACAACAACAUCAGCAGCAUCAAACAAUCUGCUUUUGCCUUUAUCAUGAACAUAAAAGUUCUGAACUUAAGAGGAAACCAAUUGACUUCUUUCAAAGGGGAAUAUUUCAACACCGGUACUAGUUUGGAAAUUCUAGAUAUAUCAGAAAACCAACUCAGUUACUUGUUCCCCUCUUCCUUCAGAAUUCAUCCGAGAUUGAAGAAAAUACUUGCAGGGAAAAAUAAAUUCAACUUCUUUCCCGCUGAGCUGAUUGCAAACUUACAGUUUUUGGAGUACAUAGAUUUGUCAUUUAACGAACUAAAAACUAUCGAUGAGCUGGACUUUGCCAGGCUUCCCAGACUCAGAUCACUGGUUCUGAGGAACAACAGCCUGGAGACUUUGAGCGAAAUGGCUUUCCAUAACAGCACCCAGCUACAAAUUUUGGAUUUGAGCAAUAACAAACUGGAACGAUUAGGCGAAAGAACUUUCGAGGGUUUAAUAAGACUUAAAAACUUGAAUUUGGAGAAUAACAAUUUAGUUGACUUGCCAGAGAACGUAUUUGAACGCGCACGUUUACAAAUGCUGGAAAAUAUUAACUUGAGCAAAAAUAAGUUCGAUAUACCGCCAUUGAAGGCAUUGCAGAAGCAGUAUUUCUUCCUGGACUCUGUUGAUUUGUCUCAUAACAACAUCGUAGAUAUUCCUCCAGAAGAUGGAAUAAUGGUAAACAUAAAGAAACUGGAUCUAUCUUACAACCCGUUAUCUCAACAGGCAGUGGAUAAUAUUUUUAGCGAACCAAAAACGGUGAGGGUACUAAAUCUUGCAGGAACCGGCACCAGCGAAGUAAGCAGGUUAGAAACUCCCUUCUUGAAGAAGUUGAACCUUUCUAAUAAUAACAUAUCUUCCUUGAUGGAUAAAACUUUCGAACGUACUACUUUGCUGGAAGAUUUAGACUUGUCGGGUAAUGAACUGUUCAGCAUCUCUGGAUAUUCUUCAAUUUGGAGGUUUUUGCGGGAUUUAAAAUCUCUAAACAUCUCAAAUAAUCCCAUCGAGUUCAUUUCCAGUGAUGAUUUCACUGGUUUGAGCAAACUUAGACAUUUCAGUCUGCAUUCUUUGAGUGAGUGUACUAAAAUUGAGAAAAGUGCGUUUAAGUCUGUGGGAAAUUUAGUGGCGUUGGAUGUGUACGAUUAUCCUAAACUGGGAUACCUGGAUGUAAAUGGAUUGCUCCAAAAUAUGCCUCUAUUGGAAAAGCUUAAUAUUGAAACUAAAGACGCUGCUAUUGGUAAGGAUCAGUUGCAGUCGGUGCUGCAUCCGAGGUUGAAGGAAUUGGGCAUCAGUGGAGGAAGAUUGAGGAGUGUCUCAUCAGGAACUUUUUCAGGAAUUAAAGGUUCAGACAUAAUCAUUCGUCUAACGAAUACAUCAGUGACUUCCUUACCGCCAGCAUUAUUUUUCCCUUUACCUCGUUCAUCGAAAGCUACCCUGGACGUCACUGGCAAUCAAUUAACCACGCUGGGCACUCAGCUAUUGGCAACGCUGGAGGAUAGACGAGGCGAUUUAAAAGUUAUCGGUCUGGAGACGAACCCUGUGGUGUGCGAUUGUAAUUCGAGAGCUUUGAGGAGAUGGUUAUCAUCUCAUAUGGCAACAGUGAGAUGCGUUGGGCCGCCGUACUUGGCAGGUAAAUUGUUGGUUGAAAUUGGAGACGACGAAUUGACAUGCGACCCCAACAAGAUGAUAUCACCAACAACUACCAAAUCUACAACUUUAACUGGCUCAACGCGUUUACAGAAGAAAACUACCGAACCGGAAAUUAUAUGGUCCAUGCCAGUUACCGAAAAACAACAGCCCAAAAUAAAAACAGCCUCUACAGGCCAGUCAACUUUGAACAACGAUGACACGCUGAUUAUAGGCAUCGUGGGUGGUGUUGUGGCAUUCAUAGCUAUUCUGAUCAUCGUUAUCUGUAUAAUCAGGUUGCGCAUGAGCAGUAACCAGUAUAGAGGCCCAGUCAGCGCAGGAUCCAUAGUGGCGCCCGGUAUGAUUGGAUCUGGUAGUAGUUGCGCAUGUAGUAUCAAGGGGGCGCCACAAGGAUCAGCUUCGGCCACAGCUCUAUAUGCUAUACCCCCUAGCUAUGCAGCCACGUUGCCACAUAAGGUGCCCGUUCAUCAAGGUGCUAUAAGGGUUCCAACAUAUUCCACCAUGGGUAGAGGCCCUUACUAUCAACAGUCCAACGUGCAGCCUUACUUUAUAGCGGCGUAUCCUUCAGACGAAAAAAUAUAUCGAUAGUUCGUCUGAACCAAGCUCAAUCCUCUACAGAUUGAGUUUUAAACGGGUUGGACCACAUUGGUCUGUCAACAAAUUUCAGUUUCUGUUAAGUUUUAAUGUAUAAGCGUCGUAUUGUAAAUAAACAUAUUUAUUAACUUAAUCUUAAGUACAAAUAUUGAGCAGGAACAUUGUUGUAAGUUGUUAAAAAUGCCAUAUUUUUUAAAUAAACGCUCAAAUUUGUUUUUAUUAUUGU